AUGCCAGUUAUUCAUGUUAAAGACGACGCUGAUUUCAAUGCUCAAUUUGGAGCUGCUGCAGCCAAGCCUGUAUUCAUUGAUUUCACUGCUUCUUGGUGUGGACCAUGCAAAAUGAUUGCUCCAACAUUUGAUAAUCUUUCAAAUAUUUAUUUAAAUGCUCUUUUCUUGAAAGUCGAUGUCGAUGAGUGUGCUGAUACUGCUGCCGCUUAUGGUAUUUCCGCUAUGCCAACAUUUUUGGUGUUCCAAAAUGGUCAAAAACUUGACCAAUUAAAGGGAGCCAGUAAUGAGAAAUUGGAGCAACUUGUGAAGCAAUACGCCGAAGGAUCACAAACUCCAUCUUUGGUUUCUGGACAGGUUAGAUUUAGAAAAAACAUAACUCAUUAUAAGAAUAUAAUUUUUAGAGCGAUAUCACCAGUUUAAUUGACAAGAAACAAAUCGAAUGUUUGAAUGGAUCAGAUGAUACUCCACUUGAUUUAUUCUUGGAAGGAAACACAAAUUUGAUAUCUGAUUGUGAUGAACAAUUGAUCAUUUCUUUGCCAUUCAAUCAACCAGUCAAAGUUCAUUCAAUCUUGAUCAAGGUAAUUUUUUUUCAAAAUGAAACAGAACAUUCAUUAUAAAAAUUAAGGGAGUUGGAAACCGAAGCCCAAAAGAUGUCAAAAUUUUCGCAAAUCUUCCGAAAACAAUGGAUUUCGACACAGCUUCCGCAGUUGAACCAAUUCAACUUUUGACAUUCAAUGAAUCAGCAACCGAAGGAGAGGGACAAAUUCAAAAUCUCAAAUACGUCAAAUUCCAAAACGUUCAAAACAUUCAGCUCUUCGUUGCUGGAAAUAUCGGAGAUGGCGAAAUCACUGAAAUUUCUCGUCUCCGAAUCUUUGGAACUCCACUUUCUUCUGUUAAUAUGAACGAGUUCAAACGUGUUGCUGGAAAAGCCGGAGAUGCUCACUAA